UCUAUGGUCUAACCUCUUUCAUAUUAGUUUGUGGUUAUGACAGUUUGAGGCUGCUACUAUUUCUCGAUAUUUUCGUGAAUAGUCUGGUUCAGCGCUGAUCAAUUUCGACGGUUAUUGGUUAUCUCGACCAGAUAAUUAAGUUAAAAAAAUGACUUCCCUAAAAGAAAAUCCUGAAAAACCCGGUCAAGAAUCUGCACCGGUUCAUCGUAUCAGAAUUACAUUGACAUCGCGAAAUGUGAAGUCUUUAGAAAAAGUCUGUUCUGAUCUUAUCAGCGGUGCCAAGAAACAAAAGUUGAAAGUAAAGGGACCAGUACGUAUGCCCACCAAAGUGUUACGCAUCACCACUCGUAAGACUCCUUGCGGUGAAGGUUCAAAGACGUGGGAUCGUUUCCAAAUGAGGAUCCACAAGAGAGUUAUCGAUCUUCAUUCCCCAUCUGAGAUCGUUAAACAAAUUACCUCUAUAUCUAUUGAACCAGGUGUAGAAGUUGAAGUAACUAUUGCAGACGCAUAAGUUAAAAAGGUAUAUUUGUAUGUACUAAAAUAAAACAAGAAUAAAAGUUUUUUUUCUUAUUGCAA